CUCCUGUUUCUCCUCUCCCGACCCUGCCAUCGCUCCGCUCAACCAUGCAUGUCGGCGCUCGUCCCGCCGCCGCCGCUGGCCAGCCUCGCCGAACUACAGGAGGCACUUGGACGGUUCCGCGACGCGGUGGAAGCGGACGCGACCGACGCGGAGGCGCUCUUGAAUCACGGCCUGGUGGCAAAGCGGCUUCGCGACUUCUCGCUGGCGGCGGCCUCCCUGUCGAGCGCCGUCGAGCUUUGUCCGGCCGACGACGGCGCCAAGAGCGCCCUCGCGGAUGUCUUGGCCGAGAUGGGUCUCGACAGCGAGGCCGAGGCGCUGCUCUGCGAUCUGCUAACGCGGGACCAGCCGGCGGCCUCUCGGCUGAAGCUGGCCCUCGCCAACCUGCGGCUCAGCGGGCUGGGCAAGCGCGCCGAAGCGCUGCGCGCCUACCGCGAGGCGUGCGAGGCGGGGCCGUCGCCAGUUGCCUUGCUGGCGGGAAUUGCUGCCGACUCGAUGGGAGAGCAUGCGGCCGCGGCCGGCUUCUACAGGGAUGCCCUGUCCCAGGACGAGCACGACGAGAACGCAGCGCUGCACCUGAUGCACGGCCUGCUGCGGGCGGGCGACAGCGAGAGCGCCGCUGCGCUGCGCCCCAAGCUGCCCACUCACGUGCUCUCGAGAUGCCCCGAGAUGGCCCGAGAUGACCCGAGAUGCCCCGAGAUGGCCUGAGAUACCGGGAGAUGCCCCGAGAUGGCCUGAGAUACCGGGAGAUGCCCCGAGAUGGCCUGAGAUACCGGGAGAUGACCCGAGAUGACGCUAGAUGACCAGAGAUGCCCCGAGGUGACCCGAGAUGACCCGAGAUGACCCGAGGUG